AUGCGGGGGAUAAGCUUCGCGAGGAACGCAUGGCGACCACGAGUCCUAUGGCUAGGACAGCCUCAGCAUGUCGCAAGCUCUAGGAGGACGCUGCUGACCCAAGCUAGAUGUACCGGACCUUCUGAGCCUCCACUACUCGAAGAGACGGUCAGCGAGAACUUUGCGCGUAUAGUUUCUCGGUAUGGCAAUCGGCCAGCAGUGAUUUCAAGAGGACAAGGUCGAAGAUCGACAUAUGAAGAGCUAGAUAAACAAAGCAAUAUCCUUGCUCGAGGACUACAAAGCUUGGGAGUAAAGAAGGGCGACAGAGUCUGUGUGUCUCUGGGCAAUAACAUUGAGUUUGCGACGCUCACCUACGCUCUGUUCAAGUUGGGCGCGAUACUUGUGCCACUAAAUCCAGCAUUUACUUCGAAACAGAUAGCAGCAGCUCUCAAUGUGCUCUCUGGCACCCAUUUGAUCAUAGGUGCGGAGACGAACUUGGCCUACAAGCCACCACGUUCGAACCUCUCGAUCCUCGAGUCACUUGUAGCCGACCUCAAGUCCAACAAAAUUGAGUCCGAGCAGGCUCCGUCGCUAAAGCAUGUUGUGCUUCUGGACAACUCCAGUAGUCGCGUCGAUGUCUCGCCCUACACCUCUCUCGUCCCAUUUUCACAACUGAUCUCAGAUUCGGACACGUCGCGCGUCUCGAUACCAGAGUCACUCUCCAACAACGAUAUCAUCAACAUCCAGUUUACCUCCGGCACGACCUCAGCCCCGAAAGCAGCCUGCCUGUCGCAUCGGAGCAUUCUCAACAACGGCCAGCAAAUAGGCGAUCGUAUGCUGCUCACAGAACAGGACAUAGUAUGCUGUCCACCACCACUCUUCCACUGCUUCGGCUGCAUCUUGGGCUACAUGGCCACUGCCACGCACGGCAGCGCGAUCGUAUUUCCGACAGAAGCUUUCAACCCUCUAGCCACAUUGAAGGCUGUCCAAGAAGAGAAGUGUACGGCACUCUACGGUGUACCGACCAUGUUCCUCGCCGAGUUGGAACUCAUAGCCGACAAGACUGUACCUUACGAAGGCUUCCAGCAUUUACGCACAGGUAUCGCGGCUGGCACUUCGAUACCAGCCGAGCUAAUGCGGAAACUGCACAAGAUACUCAAUCUGACUGAACUCACAAUAUGCUACGGUAUGACCGAAACCAGCCCAGUCAGCGUCAUGACCACCACAGACGAUCCGAUCGAUAAGCGCAUCAAUACAGUGGGCCGUCUUCUACCACACGUAGAGGUCAAAGUGGUUGAUCCCCACGACUGGAGCCGUACGCUAGGUAUCGACGAGCGAGGUGAACUUGCAGUCAGCGGAUAUCUAGUCAUGAAGGAAUACUGGGGCAACGAGCAAAAGACAAAAGAAGUGCUGGUGCCAGACGAGACAGGCAAACUAUGGAUGCACACUGGUGACGAAGCGAGCAUGGACGCCGAAGGAUACGUCUCCAUCACAGGACGAAUUAAGGACUUGAUCAUCCGUGGCGGUGAGAACAUCCACCCUCUAGAGAUCGAGUCAUGCUUGUUGGGUCACCCAGGUGUGCGCGACGCCAGUAUUGUCGGCAUCAAGGAUGAAAAGUACGGCGAGACGGUUGCUGCUUUCGUACGCGUGCACCAAAAUGAGGAAGGAACCAAGUUAGGUAUUGAGGAUGUGAGGGAUUAUGUUCGCAGUCAUUUGAGCCACCAUUUAGUGCCAAAGUACGUUUUCUUUGUGGAUGAUUAUCCUACUACGGCAAGUGGUAAGGUGCAGAAGUAUAAGCUGCGAGAAGAAGGUGAGAAGCUUGUCAAGGCUUUAGUGGUUAAAGCAAAGUCAGGAGUUGCUGCAGCGGUUGGUGUGUAG